AUGUCUGAACAGUCGACAGAUGCUGCUUGUUGCUGUUCGUUGAUUGCUGGAGGGACCAAGCUCACAGCUAUUGUGGGGCUUCGCGCAGACGAAUAUGGUAUAGCAGACCUCGCCGGAACGUGCCAGACCGAUCCGUCGCCGUCGCUGCACGAUCAACCCUAUCAAAUGCCAGACCGCCGCGGACGUCUUUAUAAUGACGAGAGACUGCACAUUUAUGUUCCAUCUAUCAUAGGAGGACAUCAUCCAUGGACUAUUCCGAACAGUCAAGACUUGACCCUCACUGCUGAGGUAUCAUCGUCUCGUGUUCAUGACGAGAUACUGAACCCUCAACAACCUGAGUCUCGGCAUGAGUCUCGGCACAGCACAUGCACCGUGUCUCGACGGCAUUCAUACUACGAGGCGCAGCGCACUGGACAGCGCCCACGGCCUCUCAGCAGCUCAAGCCAGACCACGACAAGAAGUAAAGGCAAACGAGCCAGCUACCAACAGCCUCGUGACUUCGACAACAUCGGCGAGGUGAAUCUCGCAUCGAAGAUAGAUAGCAAUGACUACGAUGUCCUUGAGUUUGGUCAAGCAAGACCGCAGUCUAUCGGCAAUCUCGAUGCCAAUCUAGCAAGGGCUGGUGGCGAAUCUGUUCGCCGAAGACCAAGCGGCAGGCAGACUCAAUCUGGGUUGACGGAGGAAGCAAUCCCGCCGCCGAUCGCGCAGUCAAGGGAGCCACCUGGUACUUCUUCCACGACUGUUAAACCCAAGUCUCUUGAAGACGCCGAAGCAGGUGAAGCACAUGAUGCAGACGACGAGGACUCAAGAUCUGGUGCACCGUCGCCUUUCGUCUCCCGAAGACCCGAAGACUUCGUUGCAAGUCAUCAGGAAGCAGCCCCGUCCACACCUCGAUGGCUGACUGAGCUAUACACGAUCUCAUAUCUUAUAUUCUUCUCGAUACUAGGCACGCUAGCUAGACUGGGUUUGCAGUGGCUCACCUUCUACCCCAGAGCGCCGAUAGUGACACCAGUAAUAUGGGCCAAUUUCGCAGGCUCAAUGUUCAUGGGGUUUCUAGCAGAAGACCAGGGCUUAUUCCGUGAUGAUUAG